UCAUUUGUCUCCGGCUUGUGUAGACUCUGCCUGGAAGUGAAGUUGUGGACUCCUGACCUCCAGUCCUGCCAGUCCCAACCUCGGAGUUUGAGUGUGAUCACUAAUGGGCAAGGGGUUUGGGCUCCUGAGGAAACCCUGCCAGUCAGUUGUGGCUGAGCCGCAGCAGUACUCAGNGCUGGAGGAAGAGAGGAUCAUGAAGAGGAAAAGAGUGCUGUCUAGAGACCUCUGCAGUGCCUGGGACAGCCCUCAUGGACUGGUUGGUUUACACAACAUCGGACAGACGUGUUGCCUUAACUCCUUGAUUCAAGUGUUCAUGAUGAACAUGGACUUCAGAAUGAUAUUGAAGAGGAUAACAGUGCCUNGGGGUGCAGAAGAACAGAAGAGAAGUGUCCCCUUCCAGCUGCUUUUGCUGCUGGAGAAGAUGCAGGACAGUCGACAGAAAGCCGUGCUGCCCACAGAGCUCGUUCAGUGCUUGCAGAAAUACAACGUGCCGUUGUUUGUCCAGCACGAUGCUGCCCAACUCUACCUUACAAUCUGGAACCUGACUAAGGACCAGAUCACGGANACAGACUUGGCAGAGCGGCUGCAGGGCCUGUUCACCAUCUGGACGCAGGAGUCCCUGAUUUGCGUGGGCUGUACAGCAGAGAGCAGCAGGAGGAGCAAACUGCUCACACUCUCUCUUCCUCUUUUUGAUAUGGACGCAAAGCCUCUGAAAACCCUGGUGAGAGACUCCUUGUUGGUGACUUGGUGAAUCCCGAGGUGGCCGGUUUUCCCCUUGUUUCUAUCACCUACCCUUGGAUUUUGUAAACAUAACUCGUGGGCCAGCAAGAUGGUUCUGAAGCUGACUCAUCUGCCCCAAACCUUGACCAUUCACCUCAUGAGAUUCUCUGCCAGGAAUUCGAGGACGGAAAAGAUCUGUCACUCAGUUAAUUUCCCUCAGAGCUUGGAUUUCAGUCAGGUUCUGCCAACCGAGGAAGACCUCGGUGAUACCAAGGAACAGUCUGAAAUACACUAUGAACUCUUUGCCGUGAUUGCCCACGUUGGGAUGGCUGACUUCGGUCAUUACUGUGCCUACAUCCGGAAUCCCGUGGAUGGAAAAUGGUUCUGCUUCAAUGACUCACAUGUUUGUUGGGUCACCUGGAAGGAUGUCCAGUGUACCUAUGGAAACCACAGAUACCGCUGGCGGGAAACGGCCUAUCUCUUGGUUUACACGAAGACUGGAUCCUGACAGAUAUACUCACACCUCCAGAGAGGGAUAGGCUCUUAUCUCCUCUCCUGUACCCAUGUCUGCUGCAUUUCAAUGAGAAUAAUAAUUUAAAAACCACAAUUAAGCCCUAUUUAUAAGCAACAACUAUUAUUGCAAUGGCUUAGAUGUAGUUUGUCUCCUGAAAGUUCACACACGGAAGGCUUGGUCUUUGGAUGGCAGUGCUUAGGUGACAGCACUUGUAAGAGACAGGGACCAGUGGGAGAUCAUCGGUUCAUGGGAUCUCUCUCCUGAGCACUAAUAGUUCUUCUUCCUGUUUCUCUACCCCGCUGUGAGGCAAAUGUGGGGGAUACAACAUGCCAGGGCCAAGCUGGUUGGAGCCUCCAGCCUUCAAAAUUCUGAAUCUAAUAAACAUUAUUGUACACUA